CGCGUGGUUGAACUUACUCAUCAGUUCAAGCGACUACCUUGGAACUGGAUAAUAAGUGCGUGGAUGUUCCAUGGAGAGGCAAAGAGGUUCUUUCUUCGUCAAGGCCGAAGCUAUGAAUCUGAUAAGGCUGAACAGGUGUUAGACGCAGAAUGGUGUCCCGUAUCCAAAAAUCGAGAUUCUCGUCUUCUACAGGAUGUGAGGUAG